AUGCUGAAUACUCGAGAUGAGCGCGACUCUGAAGUGAAUAACGAGGAAUUGCCUUUAAAGAAGUCGAGAAAGGGCAAGGAACCAGAGGGGUUGCCUUCAAAGAAGUCGAGAACGGGCAAGGAACCAGAGGGAUUGAGCGGCAAGAAGAGACCCAUGAACGCCUUCAUCCUCUUUCGAAACGCACGAGGCCAAGAGGUGAGGGCAAAGUACCCCAGGUUCAAGACCAGAAAUGGUAUAAUCUCCAAGAUCAUCGCCAUUAUGUGGGCAGCAAUGACAGAUGCUGAGCAGCAACCAUGGUUUGACGAGUACCUUCAGCUAAGACGUCUAGAACCUGAUUUCAAGGAUGUCAAUGGCAGACAAAACUCUCGCCGAAGGAAGUUACGCAAGGAAGCGGAUCGUUUGAAGGCCGUGGCUCAGCUCCAGCUGAUUCAACAACAAUAUUCCAACGGCGAAGAGCUCACAUUCUCUGAGGGCCCCAGUGAGAUGGCUCAGUCACAAGAGGAAGCACAAAUCCAGCUUGGCACUCCACUCAACAAUUUAGACGAUCCAAAUGAGAUGCUGCAGGGACAUGAGCAAGCAGAAGUCCAGCUCGGCACGCCUUUGGGCGAUAUCAAUGAGCGACCUGCUGAGCUAGCACAAACAUUGGACGUCCUGCCAAGACCGGCUGGUUUUGUUGUCGAAGCGAACCGAGAUCUCGACUUCAACUCGACCCCCGACGCUGCCUUCAAUCCACAGGUUAACCAGCAUCCUGAUCACCAACACGAAGCCACGGCUCACCACGAGAGUCCCAUUGAUGAUCUUCGACUCUUCGGUCAAGAUUUAGAAUUUAUCUUUGACAUGGGGAAGUGCUUUGAUUUCAACAAAGAAUAA